AUGGCCAGCAUCGAAAGCAUCGACAAAGGAGUUACCAUCAAUGGCGCUGCCACAAAGGUGCGAAGGACCAAAGCACAAAUCCAGCCAGACCAGUUACAAGCUGCACCUUUAGCCGCCGCUGAAGGCUCCCCUACCAAGCCGGCAACCGCUACCCAACUUGAAAGAGGGCGAACGCUUGCUCGUGCUGAAAAUGUGCCCAUCAUACCCGGUCCUCCCCCUCCCAUUCCACCCAGAGUGAAAUCGGACUUAUUCUGGACCGUGAUGAACUCGAAUUCUCCGCCAUUACAACGUCUGAAAGACCUCACCUCCACUGCUGGUACAUGCGGCUUGACGACAACUCCUGACGGCACCCCAAGCGGACUCUCCCCAGUCGCAGCAGUUGAUGCGAGAGAACUGGAGCAGAAGAGAGUCAACAAAGAGCUCGCCAACAUCUACCAGAAAUACCUGGGCGAGAAACUGGAUGGCUACCAGGAGAAGAGAUACGUCUGCAAGUUGCUCUACAUCUAUAUCCAAGGAUACAAUGCCGGCAUUGGACACCCGGAGCUGAUCUCCGCAACCAAACACACCGAAAAGCAGACCGUCACGAUCAGAUUGCAAGGAACUGCUCGGUCAUAUCGACUGCGACAAGGGCUCCAUGUCAGAUUGAGCAUGAUUUGGGUCGUUUGA